CCAGUGUCGUUAUCUGUACCUCGUAUGACUCGUGCUGUACAUGCAAAGCCUUUUAGCCGCUGCAAUAGAACACCCUAGAGCGUCCGGCGACAUGGGAUAGACCAACACUUCAUUUACUCAUUUAUUUAGAAGAUCUGGAGUGGAGUGGAGCUAUCAAGUGUCUUCAUGGCGGCUGCUGCCGUACGUUCUAACGUCUAUUCUCUCCCAGGCAACAUGAAGAAUGCAGCAUAUGAAGCUAUUUUAGGAAUAUAAGCCUGACGCUUGCGUUUGAAUUGACUUAAUGAAAUCUUUAUGAUAAGGAUAUAUAUUUAAGACUGGACUGUUCCAGACCUCCCUGUCCUGCCAGCUGAUCCCUUACAAUCCAGGUGGUCUCUCCCAGACGCCAGCAUGCCUGACUGACCGCCGUCCAGGUGUCUGUGCAGCCGUCCUCAGCCGCGCGUGACCUGAUCACGUGACCUGGUCAGCCAACAGGUGCUUCACGCCCGGUGAUGCACACUUAGUGUAAUAAUUACUUCAACCGAAGAGCGAUAUCGAUUCAAAGAUAUUUCAUUAAAUGCCACAGUGUCAGAUCCUCCAUGAGUUUUCUGAUCUGCGGUGAGCGUAUCAGCUGUAUUGUGUGCGUUGGGUCUAGAGGACAGCAAUAGCGGAAGAGAGCAGCUCUACAUACAAGUGCAGUAUGGUACUUUUUAAAGAGAAAUGUUUGUAUCUUAUGAUUGCUGGUAUGGUGAACUAUAUCCUUGGAUUAGGAGUUGUUUUAUGGAAGAUCAGCCACGCACCUGUGAGAGAAUAUUCAAAAGGAUGCUUGGACUGUGCACGCACUCCAGGGCAGACGCACAGGGCCGCCCAUGGUGAAAAUAGGUCUUCAGGACUACCUGCUAGCGACCCAAACUUCUCCCAUUGCGGACCGUUCAAAGACCCACAAGAUACAGUGUUCGGUUACUGGAACUGGAAGAAAGUUUCUAUGUGUGAUGGACAUCUAAUAGCUUACAGAGAUAAGUUUGCGCUUCUCCGCAAUGUCAUUGUUGACAGAAAAAGAUCAAAAGAGUGGUCCGUUGCAGGUAUUGCUCCAGAUAGAGUACCACAUCAAAAGGAAGAGAAUGAGUUUAUCAGUAUAAAGAAAGGAUUUUUCCAGAUACUUUGCUCUGGAACAUUAACAGCAGUAUUCAAUGAAACUCAGAUGAAGCGUAUGUGGCUCCAAAAGACAAUGACGACAGACACCUCUCUUGACAAAUACGCCAUCAUCCCUCGUGAGUCUAAAAUGACCAUAAUUGUCACCAGGUUUGGUUACGCCAAUGCAUAUUGGGCCAUCGUCGAUAUGUACAAUGCCUUUCUCCUGCAAAAUUUCUUCGGCAAAUCGUGUACUGAAGUGAAAGUUUUAUUGCUUGACUCUCAUCCCUGGGGUGCAUUUGAUGGGAUGUGGAACACAGUAUUUGGGAAAAUGUUGCGGCUUACUGACCUCCACAAUGUGACCUUGUUUAAGACAGUGGUUUGGGGAAUGCAGUCCAAUCAAAGUCCCAUGCUGCGCCGACAUAUGCCUCAUCUCCCGUUUGUGAGACCGUUCAGAGAAACCAUGCUUCAUCGCCACGGUGUGAGGCCACAGCACAGCCAGGCCUGCAAGACCAGCAAACUGAAUGUCCUCUUCAUAUGGCGGCAUGACUACGUGGCGCAUCCCCGAAAUCCCUCGGGGCGCGUAACAAGAAAGAUUGCCAAUGAAGGAGAACUUUUAAACCAUUUACAAAAAACAUUUCCAAGCUUCAACAUCAGUGGAAUUCAAUUAGAUAAACUUACUAUUGCCAACCAGCUACAGUUAGUCUCAGCGACAGACAUCCUGAUUGCCAUGCAUGGUGCUGCAUUGGCAUUCACGGUCUUCAUGACGCCGGGGUCAGGGGUCAUUGAGUUGUACCCCAAAGGUCACGGGGUCAGUUGGCAUUUUGAAAACCUGGCCAGGUGGAACGGUGUCCACUACACGCGCUGGCAGAACGUGGACUUCGAUGCUGAGAACCAAGAGGCCACUUUUAUCCCCCCGGCAGUGGCGUCACGCCUGGUGCGAGACAUGAGUCAGCAGGUGUGUCCUGAAUAGUGGACCUGUACAUAGAAAUAGAGCACGCUUGACAAAAAGUAGGAUCAGCCCUACUUUCAAUUAAGAAUAUUAAAACUUUUCUAUGAAAUGUAUCUUAUUAUAUCAGUGUUCUCAUCCUGUCCACUUCUCCAUGUUAAAUGGUCUCAGUUCUUGUCAGUUGUCAAAUUAGGUAGAUCCAGCAGGGAAGCGUUAGGUUUAGUGUUUUAAUAUUUACACUGUAUUCCAUGAAGAAGCAAGUCAAUUCCAAAUAUAGGCUGUAGGUUUUUAUAAUAUAUUUAUUAUUGUUAAAAAUACACUUAAAAACUUAAGAAUUUGACCAAUAAUAACCAAAUAGUUCCAUUCAUUGAAAUUCAGUGCUUUAGGAUUCUGAUGGAUUUACCAGUUGUUCCGACAUGUGGCGCAGUUCUCAAGACAUGACAUAUUUAGCCAUUUCUGUCAUUUACUGUAUUAAUGUUCAACUUGUUUAAACUGUGCUCACCGUUUUCAUUAAAAAGGGCAAUUUUCUUGUUAAGUGUGGAACAUAGACACGGCGUAUUUUCCCUAAAAAUACGC